UUUUAGUUUAGUUUUUUUGUGUAGAAGGCUUCAAACUAUCGAAUAUUUAAUAGCAUUCCUUCCCGAAUCUAACAGGAAUGCUGGCUGUAAUGACAAGAUAACRUAACGUUAAGAACAUCCUUUGAGUUUUCGCGAGAUCAGGGCCUUUUUCAGGAAGAGCAAUGCUUCUAAAAACAUGGAUGCCAAAGAAAAGCUCGAAUCGUUCGGCCGGAUGUGGUAUCAGGUUUUCUUGUGGUGCCUGGCUGGUUCGGUGAUCAUCCACUGUAUAGCUGCCUGUGUAGCCUUUAGCGCACUUCGGAAACACACUCGAGGGAGAUUUUUCCCUCUGUUAAUCAUUUUCAUUGGCUUCCUUUACCCCAUCACUGGAGGAGUCGUAACAAGUGCAACAAUAGCAGCUGUUUAUAGAACUGCAAACAUUACAAUGCCAGUCUAUGUUGCAUUUCUAUGGGGUGCUGGGCAAUCCUUUAUUGGGUUUCUCUUAUCAUUCUCCAGAAUACUAGCAACAUUAUGAGGCUAUACACUCCAGAUAUGAAUUGAAUUUGAAAAAUCAUGUCAUUUUGGUCACAGUACCAUUCAGGAUAUCAUACAACGUGCAAUUGCUGAAGAAGUGAGAGAAGCACUUUUUAACAGAUGGACCAAGGAUAUGACAAGUGAAAUGUUUUUUUGAAAAAAAAUUCAUGGAAGUGAAGGAUGUCACAGAAUCCCCUUGGAGUUAACAAGAUUUAAAGAAAAUUCAAUAUACAUUGAAAUAACAAUGAGGAGUCAAGAGAAAAAACACAACUGGAGUAAAGUGCUGCAAAGUAAGAAGAUAUUGCUAUGGAAAAGGAUAAAACAUUGAAUUGAUUCAAAUUGUAGCCAGGUACCACUUUAACAGAUUCCUUUUAAGUUAUUUAUUUUGAUUAUUGAAAAAAAAAAACAACAAUGCAGUACUUAAUUCAUAUACUUACGUUUAUACAUAUUGUAAGACAGACCUUUUCUAAAUUGUCUUCGUUAAUAAUAAGGCAUUGGUUUGACGGUGAGAGAAAUGCAUCAAUAUGAUUUAACAAGAACCAUUGUGUGCGUUUUACAGUCAUACACAGAGGAAUGGUCAUUAAUUAGAUCUUAUUAACCAAGCGGGAGGUCUGUCAAGAUAAUCUUGACCGAGGUUGGAAUGUACAGACCGAGCGCAGUGAGGUCUGUACCUGACCGAGGUCAAGAUUAUCCCGUACAGACCGACCAAGCUCGGUUGAUAAGAGUUUUAUUAUAUGACCACUUUUCAUUGAAAAGGACAAAAUGUUUUUGCCGUAAGAUUAAUAUGCAAUCGGACCAGUUAAUACUGGAGAAUCUAGACCAGUCCACGAUGCGAUUUAUCCAAUCAGAUUGCUCGAUUUGCUAGUGUCCAGGCUCUAAGAUUCACGGUCAUAUAAUAAUUAUCUAUAAAUAUUAAUUCAAAACAUAUCUCAAUCAAGUUUAUUAAAGACCUGAGUUAGUGUUCAUAUAGCUUGGCACUACCUAUAUCUUUUCUAAGGUUUGGAGUCCUGAUGCUAAGCUUAUCGAACUCUACACCAGGCAUAAUAUUCUCUUCUAGCUAAUCCAGAGAAAUUUUUUUUAGAUGAUUAUAAUUAAGAAGUUUCACAAAAACUGCAAUUAAUGAAAAAUGUUUUCAUCAUAUUCACUAUAAUCAAUAAUGUCAAAUUGGCACUUGUGCAUGCAAACACCUCUUCUUAGGCCAGUCCUCUUGACAGGUCAUAUUAGCUGCUCGUCAAAUGUUGAAUAGUCAGAUGUGGCUAGUCAUGUUGUCUGAUUAUAAGGAGAAGCUGUCAUUCGUUCUUAUUCACAGAUUAUUAUGAGACCAAAUAGAGACCAAAGAUAUGUAUCUAUGAGUCUUGGUUAAGUGAAUAUGAAAUAUGACAAUGUUAUGGCUCUCUUGUGAGAUGAAAUAAAAUGAACAUUGAAAGAGGUUUAUUGCAUUGAGUAGAAUUUCACAGGUUAAAUUUAACCACUCCAUCACCAGCCGGAGCAUUGUAAAAGGACUCAGCACAGCCAAUCAAGCUUUAGAUGUGAUCAAAUAGGAUGUUUUCAUGAUGGUGUCAUUGACCUCUACUACCAGACUCCCUUGCACACUUUCUUAUGUUCAGUUAAUUAGCACCUUACUAUUCUCAUGAGGGAAUACAAAUUUAAAUAAGAAAGAAAAUUCACAAAACAUCUUGGUAGUGGGAGUCAAAUGAUGCCCCUCAUUUAAACAUCCUAUUAAACACAGGUUGUGAGUUUAUUCACUGUUUUUUUAAAUUCUUCAAAUCAAUAAUUUUCAAGCAUUUGGUUCAGUUUUCAAUGACUUUUUUCUAAGAAUUCUAAUGGGAAUAAGUUUAUAGUCAGAAAUAUCUCAUAAAAAAGAGAAAUACUAAAGCUUGAUUGGCUGACAAAUUCAUGAAUUAUUCAUGCUUUUGAAGACUUCUGGAUAUUCUUAUGUGACAUCAUAGCUGCCAUGUUGGUUGACUCAAACAAAACAUUGCUUUAUUUUGUUGAUAUGUCAUCCAACAUGAAAGCCACAUCUUAUUUUAUUCUCAUGGGGUGCAUGCCAUAYGCCACAUAUCUACAACUAUUAUUGCCAUAGCAACAAUGUAAACAAUUAUUGUUUACACCCUUUCCCUAAUUCUUCAACCGACACAGCCUCAGACAUCUGGGCCUGGUUCUACCAAGGUUGGAUAGCACUAUUGGACAGAUAAAUCUUAUUCAUUGGAUGAAUUUAUUGGAUAAUAGCAUCAACUUAUCCACUGGAUAAGGAUUUACCCAUUGAAUAGUGCUAUCCACCCGUCAUACAACCGGGACCUGGAUUUUUUGGCUUCUGACUCUAACCAUUGGAAAUAUGAUUGACAAAAGCCAAAAACAGUCAUCCCACACUUUAACUAUUUGUCUGGGCUGCUUAGUAGGUGUUAAGAAACACAGUGAAACACUGAUUCAACUUAUUAUCAUUCCUACAUAAGAACAAUAUAUGUUAGAAAUGAAAAUAGCUAUCAGUAAUAAAAUGCAUGCUUGCAACACCGACUCAACUUCUUUUCAUUCCUACAUAAGAUUAUCUGUAGAAGAUUGGAAGAUUAACUGUACAGAGUUAUCAGAAAUAAAAUGGCCAUACAUUUUACAGUU